CCGCUCCCCAUCGUCCUGCCGCCGCUGCUGCUGCUGCUGCUGCUGUCCUGUCAGGCCCCCUCGGCCCAGGUCCUGGAUUUCGUCUUCGAGAAAUGGAAGAGCUACAGCGACGAGUGUCUGCGGAACCUCAGCCGGCUGCCCGCUCCCACAGAGCUGGUGUGCAACCGGACGUUUGACAAGUAUUCCUGCUGGCCGGACGCUCUCCCCAACAGCACCGCCAACUCCUCCUGCCCCUGGUACCUGCCCUGGCACGACAAAGUGCGGCACGGCCUGGCCUUCAAGAGGUGCGGGCCGGACGGGGAGUGGGUGAAAGAGCCUCGCGACGCCUCCCAGUGCGUGAUGGACGUCCAGGACGUGGCGGCCCAGGAGAGGUUCGCCCACAUCUACAACAGCUUCCAGGUCAUGUACACCGUCGGCUACUCUGUGUCUUUGGGUGCCCUCCUCCUUGCCCUGUCCAUCCUGCUGGGCUGCAGCAAACUGCACUGCGUGCGGAAUUACAUCCACAUGAACCUGUUCGCCUCGUUCGUGCUGAAGGCCGGCUCCGUGCUGGUCAUCGACGCCCUCCUCAAGACCCGCUACAACCAGAAGAUCGGCGACGACCUGAGCGUCAGCCUCUGGCUCCGCGACGAGGCGGUGGUCGGUUGCCGGGUGGCCACGGUGCUGAUGCAGUACGGGAUCGUGGCCAACUACUGCUGGCUGUUGGUGGAGGGCGUCUACUUACACAACGUCCUGGUGUUGGCCGUCUUCUCGGAGAGGAGCUACUUCAACCUCUACUUGGGCAUCGGCUGGGGAGCGCCCGUCCUCUUCCUCGUCCCCUGGGUGGUGCUCAGAGCGCUCUUUGACAACGUCCAGUGUUGGAGCAGCAACAAUAACAUGGCCUUCUGGUGGAUUCUCCGCUUCCCCGUCUUCCUGGCCAUCGUGAUCAAUUUCUUCAUCUUCAUCCGCAUCAUCCAGAUCUUGGUCUCCAAGCUCCGAGCCCACCAGAUGCGUUAUACCGACUACAAAUUCCGGCUGGCCAAGUCCACCCUGACCCUGAUUCCGCUGCUGGGCAUCCACGAGAUCGUGUUCGCCUUUGUGACGGACGAGCACGCCCUGGGGACCCUGCGCUUCGUCAAGCUCUUCUUCGACCUCUUCGUCAGCUCCUUCCAGGGGGUGCUUGUGGCCAUUCUUUACUGCUUUAUCAAUAAGGAGGUGCAGGGGGAACUGGUGAAACGCUGGCGACGCUGGCAGCUGGGGAAGGCCCUGGAGGAAGAGCAUCGUCACACCUGCAGCCACACGGGCAGCGCCCGCCCGGGAGAGAAGCGCCAACUGGUCGUCGGCUGCGGCAGCCCCAACGGGCCGGGGCGGGCCGGGCCUGCCGGCGGAGCCCCUUCCCCGGGGUUUUCCGUCGGGGGGACGGCGGCCCCCGGCCCCCGCUGCUACGCCUUCCCCGAGACGGCCGAGAGCAGCUUCUGAGGGAAUCCACAGCCGCCGGAGAAGUUAGGGGAGGCACGAAGGCCCAGGCCCGGCCUCCGCUUCCCACACUGUCCGCCUUGCCCGGAGUAGAGAGGAGGCCGGGCGGCCCCUGGUCGUCGUCUCCUCCUUUCCCCGGUGUUUUUCUCCCCUCACCCCCCAACCCCACGUCAGGGCUGGACCCGGACCGGCGUCCAGCAAGUAGCCCCGCGUCCGUCCGCCCGGCCUAGUCUUCCGGCCGUAGCCGGGAGGACGGUGCGGAGCAGCUGCCGUGGCCCGGGGGUGACCCCGGCAACUGACCAACCUCUGGACCUAGCGGGGGGGAAAAGGGGACGUCGACUUGUGUGUGUACAUGUGCGUGUGUAGGUGUAUAUGUGGCCGCGUGUACGUGUCUUUGUGUGUUCUCGUGUGCACGUGUGUAGUACCGCAAUAAAGCGCCCAACCCCGCACAAAGCACGCCGGGGAAGGAGUCCGGCACCCCCCGACUGUCCGGCUCAGUCCGUCGGUCGUGUUGAUUGAGCGCUUACCGGGGGCGGAGCGCUGGGGGCAGGGACUGUCAAUCAA